AUGCGUAUGGAUAAGGACGAAUCUAUUGAAAAAUUUCUAUUGCGAGUGCAACAAAAGGCGGAAAAAUGUGCUUUUGGUAGAAAUGAACACGAAUGCCGUCAAAUUGCUGUAAUUGAUAAGGUUAUACAAAAUGCUCCAGAGGAUCUUCGUCGAAAGUUGCUCGAAAGGGACCAACUGAAACUUGACGACGUAUCGAAAAUUAUCAAUGCUUAUCAAUCUAUCAAACACCAAGCGUCCCAGAUGACCACUGGACCCAAUUCUGUUGAUGUGAAUAGUUUGAUUGUCAAGGGAUCAGGAAUACCGUUUUACAAGGACACUGGUAUUCCUGCCUAUAAAGCGAGAUGUUCACGUUGCGGAAGGCCUGCGAGAGUGCAAAAGCGAAGGUACUCGCCACCGAGAGGUGGUUCCAACAAACGAUUUAAAUUUGUACGACACAUUGAGUCACGCGAUGAGAGUGGUGAUAUUAAAAAAGAAGAUCUUCCGGUGUAUAAAAUAUCAGACGAACAAGAUGAGUAUAUCACUUGCUGUGUAGGGGGUAUUGGCAUAGAAAUGCUAAUUGAUUCUGGGUCGACAUACAAUCUCAUAGAUGACACUACCUGGGAGCUAUUGAAGCUUAAAGGGGUGGAAUGUCAUUCGCAAAGAUACGAUUCCACAAAGCAAUUCCUUGCAUAUGGAAAAGUACCGCUAAAGCUCAUCACGGUGUUCGAUGCGGAACUCGAAAUCAAAGAUGGUUUCGAAACAAUUUCCUCCAAUACAACUUUCUAUGUGAUCCAAGGAGGCCAACAAUCACUGCUGGGGAAGAUCACAGCGCGAGAAUUGGGAUUGCUUCGAGUUGGAUUACCUAGCACUGUCAAGGAAGGCGUCAACCGGGUAGAGGAACCGAAGCCCUUCCCUAAAAUAAAAGACUUCAAGUUAGUUCUGCCCAUUGAUAGAACGGUGCCGCCUGUUAUCCAACCACUUCGCCGGUGUCCAAUUCCCAUGCUCGAUCAGGUGAAAACGAAAUUAGAUGAAUUAUUGUCAAUGGGCAUCAUCGAACGAGUAACAAAGCCAUCUUCCUGGGUAUCUCCCCUGGUACCUAUCAUGAAGGAUAACGGUGAGCUGAGGUUAUGUGUAGACAUGCGGCGCGCAAACCAGGCGAUUCAGAGGUUGAAUCACCCCCUUCCAGUUUUUGAAGAUCUAUUAGCAAGGUUCAAAGGAGCGAAGUUUUUUACGACAUUGGACAUACAGCAAGCGUUUCAUCAAGUGGAGCUCGAUGAAGACAGCAGAGAUAUUACCACAUUCGUAACGAACUGGGGAUUGUUUCGGUACACGCGGCUGCUGUUUGGUGUAAACUAUGCACCAGAAUUCUUUCAAAAUCUAAUGGAAAGUAUACUUGCUGGCUGCAAAAAUACAGUAGUAUUUAUCGAUGAUAUUUUCAUGUGGGGUUCGUCAGAGGCAGAGCACGAUGAAGUGGUUAAGAAAACGUUAUCCGUGAUAGCUUCACACGGCUUAUUGCUCAAUAUUCGGAAGUGCAAAUUUAAAAGGACAGAAACUGAAUUUCUUGGUCAUAAGCUCUCAGCGGACGGAGUUUUGCCAUCGGAUUCUAAAGUUAACUCACUGUUACAGUGCCGUGCCCUUGCAACAAAGAGGAACUACGCAGUUUUUGGGUCUGGUUACGUACGUUUCAGAUUCCUUCCUGAUCUUGCAACCCUAAGUCAUCCGUUGAGAGAACUAUUGAAAGAUUCAAACAAUUUCUAUUGGCUUGCUAAGCAUCAACAUUCGUUUGAAUCUCUUAAACGACAGAUAGGACGUAUUGAUCACUUGGGAUACUACGAUUCUAACGAUCAGACCAUUUUGGUAACAGAUGCUUCAGGUGUUGGCCUCGGUGCUGUAUUGGUACAGAUACAUCAAAACAAAGCUCGUAUAAUCAGUUACGCUUCCCGAAGCUUAUCGGAGACUGAACAAAGAUACCCACCCAUAGAAAAAGAAGCGCUCGCGAUCGUGUGGGGGUGUAGAACGAUUUCGAAUAUAUCUUUGGCGAUAUCGUCCACUCUAGAAACCGACCAUCGUCCUUUGGAAGUUUUGUUUACGACAAAGUCACGCCCCACAGCACGUAUUGAACGAUGGAUGCUGAGAUUGCAAGCGUUUAGAUUUAAGGUCGUCUACAAAAAGGGGUCAUCUAACAUUGCUGAUACUCUCUCACGCCUUGGAUCACAUGUGAAUGAUCCAAGCUGGCAAGAAGAAUCUGAGGUGUAUAUACGAAGAACUGCCGCUAAUGCCUUAGCAAUACUGCAUAAUGACCAAUCGAAAACUGAUUAUGACACAGAUACCGAGAUCACGAUUCGUGCUAUUCAGGAAACGGCUGCUAUUGAUAUAUCGGAAGUAGUUGAAGCAACGAAGAAUGAUGAAGCAAUGCAAGCUGUAUCAUCCUCCAUCAUGGAAGAAGACUGGACUUCAAGUAUGGUUAAACAAUAUUCCCCGUUCCGCAGUGAACUUUCGUUCGCUAAUGGCUUGAUUAUGCGUGGAUCUAAAAUAGUAGUUCCAUUGAGUCUCAGAGAAAGAAUGCUAAUGCUUGCUCAUGAAGGUCAUCCGGGCCAAACGUGUAUGAAGCGACGAUUGCGAGAUCGCUGUUGGUGGCCAAAUAUGGAUCAGGAAGCAGUCAAAGUUUGCGAAAAAUGCGAAGGAUGUCGUCUUGUGCAAAUACCGGACCCACCGGAACCAAUGGUGCGUAGAACUCUUCCGGAAAAACCGUGGAUUGAUAUCGCGAUCGAUUUUCUUGGCCCUUUGCCAACGGGAGAACACAUAUUGGUGGUGGUUGAUUACUUUAGCAGACAUGUUGACUUGGAAAUAAUGAUGUCAAUAACUGCCAAGGAAACUAUCAAGCGUUUGUCAAAGAUUUUUGGAUUGUGGGGCGUGCCUCGCACAAUCACGCUGGAUAACGGAAGACAGUUUGUUGCUACAGAAUUUGAGGAUUUCUGCAAAGUUAAAGGAAUAUAUUUGAACUAUACCACACCGUACUGGCCACAAGCCAAUGGCGAGGUGGAGCGCCAAAAUCGAUCGCUUCUGAAACGUUUAAAAAUUGCAAAUGCCCUUUACGGCGACUGGAGGUCGGAAAUGACACAGUAUUUAGAGAUGUACAACAACACUCCUCAUUCUACAACUGGAAAGUCUCCGAAUGAGCUUCUACAAAACCGACGACUACGAUUCAAAUUUCCAGAUGUAGAAGAUUUAUCUACGGCCGUUUCGUCAACAGAAUAUAGAGACAGAGACACGUUUAAUAAAUUCGUGGGAAAGGAAAGAGAGGAUGCUAAGCGUAAUUCGAGAUCCAGUGAUAUAGGUCCAGAUGACAUAGUACUUCUACGCAACCUGAAUCCAACAAAUAAGCUCUCGACCAGCUUUCUAAGGGACAAGUUUUUGGUUGUAGAUCGAAGUGGAACAAACGUCCGUGUUCGUUCAAUGGAUACAGGCAAAGAAUAUGACAGGAAUGUUUCUCAUUUGAAAAAGAUUCCAGGUACAACAACUGAUCCCUAUAAUAGCAGCUUAUCAAAUGAUAAAAACGAAUCAGUAUUACUUCGUCGUUCUGAGCGUAUCCGUAAACUUGUUGAUCCUUAA